GUGAACUUCUAAAGCAUGGCCGUUCUGUCCGCAGGCGGCAAAAAUAAAGUGUUCGUAGUGUUUUUGUGUGCUCUCAGUGCUGGUCGUACGGGCUUCGUCGUGCCGAAAGUGCACGAAGAAGGUGCCUCCGUGCUAUACCGCACCGAAGACGGUCUCGGCAAUUACCAGUUCGGAUACGAUGAGAAACACAGAACUGGCGGAUCGUUCCGUAAAGAGAAAGGAGAUGGAUACGGUCGUAAAGUUGGAUCGUACGGCCUUCACGACGCUGAUGGCCGAGUGCGUGUCGUCAACUACGUUGCUGAUGAGCACGGAUUCCGUGCUUCCGUUGAGACCAAUGAGCCCGGAGUUGCUCCCGAAGACCCGGCUGCGACCGCCAUUAACAAGGCUCCGGUAGCUAUUCCCUACCCAGCGCCCAUGCAUCUCGAUCAUCUAACGGGUGUCAACGCAGCUUUAGCGCACCCCGUUGCUGCUCCGGUAGUUGGUACCUAUUCGGCCCCGAUUCACAGCGCACCUGUUGUUGCGCCGGCAGGAUUCUACAGACAGCCUAUGCACUUCGCGUCGGUUCUCGGCCCAUCAGUAUCACACAUGAUCGGUCAGAUGCCUGCCUACAUUGGACAUUAUCUCGCGUCCCAGGCAGUUCAUCCUCUGCACAAGGCUGUCGCGUAUGAUGCGCCGAUUGCUGCAGCGCCCGCUGUGGGGGUGGUCACCCCAGCAGUGUAUGCCGCACCUGCUGCAUAUGUCGCCCCCACAGCUAUAGCCUCAGAAACGUAUGCUGCUCCUGCUGUUCCUGCUGCCCCUGUCGUCUACAAAGCUCCCAUACACUUCUCCGAUGUAGUCGGCCCAUCGGUUAACCACAUGCACCAGAAUGUGCACCAGCACCUUGCUGCACAGAAGUUCUACAAAUCACUUCAUAGUCCUGCCAUUAUCUACGAGACUGCACCUGUUGUGACUCGCCUUGGCGUCGCUCCGGCAGCGUCAGCGGCCGCAGUUGCCGCGCCGGUUGUUCAAAAAAGUCUCGCCUACGCGGCCGCCCCUGUCGCCGCAGCUCCUGUACCCGUAGCUGCCGCAGCUCCUGUAGCCGUAGCCGCCGCAGCUCCUAUAGCCGUAGCCGCCGCCCCCAUACCUGUAGCCGCCCCCGUACCCGUAGACACCGCCGCCGCUCCUGAGCCCGUAGCCGCCGCCGCUCCUGAACCCGUAGCAGCCGUUUCUGUACCCGUAGCCGCCGCCCCUGAACCCGUAGCAGCCGUUUCUGUACCGGUAGCCGCCGCCCCUGUACCCGUAGCCCGCCCCUGUACCGUAGCCGCCGCCCCUGUACCCGUAGCCGCCGCCCCUGUACCCGUAGCCGCCGCCCCUGUACCCGUAGCCGCCGCCCCUGUACCAGUAGCCGCCGCCCCUGUACCCGUAGCCGCCGCCCCUGUACCCGUAGCCGCCGGCCCUGUACCCGUAGCCGCCACUGCCGUCAAGCAAAAAGUCUACGCCCCAUAUGCUGCAGCUCAACUCCCUGCUUCGGUUUCUGCCCCCGUUGUCAAGCAGGCUUAUGCGUCCCCUGUAGCUGGUUCCGCCGCUUAUGCUGCCCCAGUAUCUGCUGCCCCUGUUGUUAAGACUCACGGAUUUGCUUCAUACGCUGCUGCUCCACUGCCAGUUCCAAUCGCUGUGCCCGUGGGUAAUGUUGACCCUGUUCUCGAGAAGGGCUAUGUUUCGUAUGCUGACGCUCCAGUUUCCGUUGCUGCGCCUAUUGCUGAAAAGGCGUACGGCGCCGCCUACGCCGCCCCUUAUGCUGCUAAGCCUAUUGUUGAAAAGACGUACGCCGGCUCUGUAGUCGCUCCUGCUGGUUACGCUGCCCCUGUAUCGGUAGCUCCAGUAGCUCCGGUCAUCGAGAAAAGCUUUGCGUAUUCGCGUCCGACUCCGAUUCUUUCGAAACCGUACGGCACCGCCAUUGCUUCCGCGCCUAUUGCUGCUGGCCCCAUCAUUCAGCAGCAAUAUUCUUAUAAAACUGCUACCCCUCUUGCUGCUGCUGGACCUAUCGCCUCAAAGAGCUAUGCUGCCUACGCAGCUCCAGUGGAUGCUCCUUCUGUCAUUGUUGUUGAAAAGGCCCAUGCCUCGUACGCCACAGCCUCCACAGCUACCACGCCAAUAGGUACUCCCGUGACUAAGGCCGUCGUCGGACCCACAAUAGCCUAUGGCCCCGCUCACGCCGGCGCAGAGUACGGAUAUACUCCUGCGGCUACUUACAGCGCCGCGCCCGUUGGCAAACUUACUGUGGCCUAUAAUGGUCCUCCUAGCAGAUUCGCCGUUGCUCAAGCCUAUACGACGCCUGUGUACGCGCCUGCUCCUGUUGCCACUAAGCUCACUGCUUCUCCGUCCUAUAGCUAUGGACCUCUUACCGUUGAAGCCACGAUUGCAAAGCCGGUGGUCUAUGCCACUUCUGGAGUCUCCGUUGAUCCAGUUGUCGACAAACAUUUAGCUGCUGGGGUUCCCACUACAAUUGCGACAGCUCCAAUAGCUACUGCUGUCCAUCAACCAUCCAUCGCGGCGCCGGCCAUUGCGGCACCCAUAAGCAAGGUUGGCCUUGAACAUGGUGCUGUGGAGAACGGAAUCUUCAAGACGGCAGCCGGCGUCAACGGGUACAGUCAUGAACUGGUGAAACCCCACGCGUAUACCAAGGUUUACCAGUGGAUGUAUGGCCACUCGCCGUCAUUCUACGGAUAUGCGUACUCGUCUGUUCCCAUUGGCUACAGGAAAAAAUGAGUUCGGGAAGUGUUUAUAGCAGAGGGGAUUUUGGGAGAUGGAACACAAUGAGGUUACUGAAGAAGACCUAAUCUAAAAACGUUGAAGUAAGUAGGAAGAUAAUUGUUAUUAAGAUAUGAGAUAAGAAUUAUUGUAGAUUGCAUAUGUAUAAAUUGAUAAUCAAGCGUCAAGUGUCAGAAGAACCGAAAAGGAGAGGGUUUCACUACAGGGGAUUAUGAACUAAAAUCUAAAUCAAAUAAUAGUGAAUCGUCCUCUGUAAUCAAUAGUAAGUAAGUGAUAAGCAAAUACAAAGUUAUUAAGAAGACACAUGAAUGACAAAUAAAAAUGAUACCAGAAAACGGCAAACAAGUCUAACUUCGACAUCGAUAGUAUUACCGACAAUAGUAUCGCUGACUUAUCAGGCCUCUAUGCGACCAUUGCAUUGGUAUUUCUCCUGUCGUCUAUUGUGAACUAUGGGAUUUAUUACAUUUGAUUUGUCGUUCGAAGGUUUCCGAUCUGGAGAGCGUUUGACGGUCGUCAGAUCGUAUUUGUAUAUCGAUCACUUUCGUGGUACCUGAAGGACGUCGAUUCGAACGGCCUUUAUACGAUGAAAGGAGUGGUGUAUGAAAUUAUUGAUUCUGUUAUACAUACCAUUGCAACUGGGUUGAAAUAUACUAGGCGUAAUAUUUUGGGUUGUUAAGUAUAAAGCACGAAUUAUACCGUAAACGCAUAAUCCUAAAGCUGGCUGAGUAACUUAGCUACGAUCAUCAUGUAGAUGCUUAAAAAGUUUGUAUUUCUAGGCAUUUGUAACAUAAACUUAUCUUAAUAAAGCGGAUGUACUAUCUGUACAGCA